AGGGGCUGCGGAGACCGAGCCGCGGAGUGUCUGCAGCAUCCAGUUUUUGCGUCUCCGGCCCCCAGCAAGCCCCGGCUCUCUGUCUCCUCCCCUCUCCCGCCCGUGCGGUUCUCCCACGGUGAGCCAACUCUGCGCACUUUGCCCCUUCUUGGCAGCGAAUAAAAGGGGUCAGAGGAAAUACAGAACACGGUCGCCCACUGCCAGCUCUAGCCUUUAAAUACCCAGCCUGGGGAGACCCACGAACAGCAGGUCGGGUGCGGACACCGACCCAACGCGCCCCGUGCAGCAAAGGGUUCCGAGUGCAGCAUCGCUGAUCUCCGCGCAAAAGCCGGCUCCGGCACUAGUCUACGCUCAGUGCGGUCUGCCACGAACUCCUCCCCGAAGUCUCAUCCCUGGGAAAGUGAUCCCAACGUCCGAGAGCCCAGAUGCCGGCCCACUUGCUGCAAGAGGAGAUCUCUAGCUCCUACACAACCACCACUACCAUCACAGCACCUUCCUCCAGGGUCCUGCAGAAUGGAGGGGGCAAGUUGGAGAAGACUCCCCAAUACGUGGAAGAAGACAUCCGCCCUGAAAUGAAAGAUGACAUCUAUGACCCAACCUACCAGGAUAAGGAGGGCCCAAGGCCCAAGCUUGAAUAUGUUUGGAGAAACAUCAUCCUCAUGAGUCUGCUACACUUGGGAGCCCUGUAUGGGAUCAUAUUGAUCCCCACCUGCAAGAUAUACACCUUGCUCUGGGCGUUUGCCUACUAUCUGCUGAGUGCUGUGGGUGUCACGGCAGGAGCUCACCGCCUGUGGAGUCACCGAACUUACAAAGCUCGACUGCCCCUGCGGGUCUUCCUGAUCAUUGCCAACACGAUGGCAUUCCAGAAUGACGUUUAUGAAUGGGCCCGAGAUCACCGUGCCCACCACAAGUUUUCAGAAACAGAUGCUGAUCCCCACAAUUCCCGACGUGGCUUUUUCUUCUCUCACGUGGGUUGGCUGCUUGUGCGCAAACACCCAGCCGUCAAAGAGAAGGGUGGUUUGCUUAACAUGUCUGACCUAAAAGCCGAGAAGCUGGUGAUGUUCCAGAGGAGGUACUACAAACCCGGUAUCCUGUUGAUGUGCUUCAUCCUGCCCACGAUCGUGCCCUGGUAUUGCUGGGGUGAAGCUUUUCCCCAAAGCCUGUUCGUCGCCACCUUUCUUCGUUACGCCAUCGUGCUCAAUGCCACCUGGCUGGUAAACAGUGCUGCCCACCUAUACGGAUAUCGCCCUUAUGACAAGACUAUUAGCCCCCGGGAGAAUAUCCUGGUUUCAUUGGGAGCUGUGGGUGAGGGCUUCCACAACUACCACCACACCUUUCCCUAUGACUAUUCUGCCAGCGAGUACCGCUGGCACAUCAACUUAACCACGUUCUUCAUCGACUGCAUGGCUGCCCUGGGUCUGGCUUAUGACCGGAAGAAAGUAUCCAAGGCUGCCAUCUUGGCCAGGAUUAAAAGAACUGGAGAUGAGAGCUACAAGAGUGGCUGAGUUUGGGGUCCCUUGGGUUCCUUUUCUGAAAGCCAGCUGGGCAGAGGUUUAAUGUUCUGUUUAUUAACUACUGAAUAAUGCUACCAGGAUGCUAAAGAUGAUGAUGUUAACCCGUUCCAGUACAGUAUUCUUUUAAAAUUUCUUUUAAGAUUGAAAGCCUACAAUUCUGCCUUUAUGAUUCUAAGCUCAUAUUCUUGUUUCUUCUCUCUCUUCUAGUCCCAUUGUCCUUCUCUUGGCUUUGUUCCUGUCACCUUCCUCUCUCUUCCCCUUCACUGUGCCCCAGGCAAGGAGCUGGUCAGUCAUUGGUGGGUUUCCAGCUUCCAAAGCCUAGACCUUUCAGUAGUCCAAAACUGGUGAGUGGUCUUUGCCCCAGAUAGCUCUUUCUUUGAGUUGUCCUGAGCUUUAAGGUGGGUGGCUCAAGGGAGAGAGGUGAUAAAAUCUUCUGGGAAAGCCCCUGUUCAUUAUUUUCAGCCCAGACUUUUGCUCGAUGACAUGGAAAAAUAACUCUAUUUUGGCACAAAGCUUCAAAAGCAGGUAACUUGUCAGGGGAGGGAGUUAGCAUGCUGUGUGUGGUGGGGUUGAUAAAGAAGGGGGAGGUGAGGUGGGAAACCAGGCAGGAGGCUCCUGCUGUGAUGGGACACUCGGCUGCCUGCCCAGUGAGGGCUUUGCGCCCUGGCACACAGCAUGCUUCCUUUCUCUCCUGACUCUGGGGAAUGGCCGUGGAACUUGGCAAUGCUAGAAUUCAAAAGCACAUCCCAGUGUCCCAAUGUACGUUAGGCUGAGGAUAAAGAAGCAGCAUUUAGUUUGUGGCAGCAGUGGUCUCUGCUGGGGAAGAAGUCUUUCUUGUCUCUUUAAUAACAGGAAGAUUUCUUAUUCCAUAGAGCGAGAAAUCUUGAGGUUGUUUCCGGAAUUGCUGAAUUGGCAACUCAUGGAAUUGUCCUCACUCUUUUCAUCUUCCCGCUCUGCCAUCUUUGGGAUACAGCUCCCCUCAUAGUAACAAUAAGGUGGCUGCCGCAUUUUGAGACAUCCGGAACUGAGGUGUGUUGGUGGUACCGUGGUGAGCUUAACUAUCUUCCCAAAAAGAAAGGAUUUUAGCAGGUGGAGGUGGGUCCCACAUAAAGAUAGUUAAACCUCGGUACUUUGCUUGGAAUACCAACAUAAUUCUCUUGGACUAUUUCCCUCUGAAAGAGAAGGAGGCUUGAGAAGAGGAAGAAUGGGGGUGGAUGGUCUCCUUUCCUCUCUCUGCUGAACAGGAGAUGGAGGGGUUGAGGGGCAGGGUCUAGAGGCAGCUCCUGAGACAUAACAUUGCAAACGAAGGGCUCUGGGGGAUUCAGAAGGUUACUGAGUAAGUUACUGGACGUCCUCCUAUGGGAAGCUGGUCACACAGGCAAGUUAGAUAUUGGGGUUCAUUUCAUUCAUUCCAGUUGCUGCUUGGAAUAAGGAACUAGAAGGCUGCUCCCCACAGUGUGAAAGCCUUUCACUCCUGCCUUCUAGCCUCAAGCGUACUACCUUGACUAUUGAUUCCUGCUCUGCCCUGUCUAUCUGUUUUUUCCUGCCGGUUCUAUCUCCUCCCUGAGGUUUUUCUUCUCUCUCUGGAGGGCAGGUCUCCUUUGGGAGUAUGCUAAGGCAGUGAUGGCUGCUGCUCUACAGGCAGCUUCCUCUCCCACAGUCAGAAUGCUCAGGGUCACUGAACCACUGUUUCUCUUCACAAAGGUGAGCUAGCUGCCACCUCCACGUGGCCUCCAGAGUCUCCACCUGCACCCUUGUGCUCCCCUGCCACUCCAAUGAUUCAAGACAAGGCGGGCAAACCCUCCUAGAAACAUCCCGGGCACGGGCAUCCUUUCUCAUAAGGCACAGCCAAGCCAAAUGCUCACGUUGUGCCAGUGAGUCAGCCACAGAGCAAAAGAGGGUUUGUGGUUAGUCUCCUCUAUCUGGGUCAGAACCAGAGAGCAGGCUGGAUGCCCCCUGCUUGCUCGGUAAGCCUGCCCAGCCUGAGUCAGUGCUCGCAGCUGAUAGUGCAAUGCUUGCAGAAACAGGAGAGAGCCCGGUCUUCACUGGGAAGCACAAGAGGCCAAGACAAGUUCCAAAGUGCCUCACUCGAAAGGGAACCCCGUCCCCUGGAGCUAGGGUGUACCACAAAGCUUUGGCUGAGUCUUGGGCUGAACAGCGUCUCUGUUCAGCAAACUAACCAGCAUUCCCUACAGCACAGCCCAAGGCAGACAAGAGAAUAGAAGAGGGCUGGAAAACAAAAAAUAAGAACCUUGGCCCACUCCUGUCCCUGUAACCUCAGUCGUCAACACAGAAGCCUGGCUUUACUCUAAAGACUGGAAAUAUACAAUACCAGAUGCUCUGUCCACUGUUGAGCCCCAGGAAUGGAAGGGCAGAGAGCAUUUCUUCCUGUAUUAACUGAGUAAAUGGAGGAUAAAGGGGUUGGGCUGGACUAGAGGCAUCUUUGUCUUUUGAGCCAUUCUUCUCAGUAGAAAAAAAAGCUGAUGGAAGAUCACUGUAGUUCACAUUCCCAGACCCAAGCACCUACUCUUUGGAAAUGACUGUUGGGUUAGUUUUAAUUCCACAGGUCGUCAGAUGCCUGCUUUAUAGCUGAUGAUCAAAACCAACUUUUAUCUUUCUAUUCUAAUUGUUUUCAAUGGAUCUGAUCCAUACCAUAACCCUACACAAGGCUGGAUGGGGUUCUUAGGCCAAGGGCCCCAGUAUAUGUGUGGAUGUGUAGCGUGGGAGGGCGGGGAGUAAGGAAUACUUUUUUCAAGGUUCUAAAGCUGAAUUCAAAUGACGCAUUAAUGACCCAGAAACUCAGAUCUGAUCGAAUCUGAAUUUCUAACAGGCCUUGCUUUGUAGGUGUACUGACAACUUAUCUGGGGGCCUUACAUCUUUUUUAAUCGGUGUUACGUCCGAGCCUGCUCUGCUCCCUCACUCCCUCUGCACUCCCUCUGUGGCGUUCCUUUGCCCCUGAGAGCCUGCAGAAGUGGCUGGUAGAAGGGGGGGGCCUGGCUGGAGAAUUAUCAGUAUGCAGGAUUCCUUUCUGGGCUUUGUUUUGGAAACUUUCCUUAGGGCUGUUUUUAUUAUUAAGUGCCCACAUUUGACGGAAGGUGGAAGGAAUUUGAAUGUAUUUGAUUUAUAAUGUUAUUAUUAUUAUUUUUUUAGAUUAAAAGAUGGUUGUAGCAUUUAAAACGGAAACCUUUUCUCCUGGUUAGCUAGUAUCCUGAGUGUAUUCUCUGUAAGUGUAGCUCAAAUGGGUCAGCGCGAAGAAAAGUUAAAGAAAGCACGAUGUCAAGGUUACACGGGUGGUUAAGGCCAGGGCCUCUCCUACCACUGUGCCACUGACUUGCUAUGUGACCCUGGGCAAGUCAUUUAACUAUAAUGUGCCUCAGUUUUCCUUCUGUUAAAAUGGGAUAAUAAUACUGACCUACCUCAAAGGGCAGUUUUGAGGCGUGACUAAUGCUUUUUAUAAAGCAUUUUGGGAUCCUUCAGCAGAGGAAUUCUCUUAAGUCCUGAGUAUUUUUAUAAUAACAGUAUCCACCAUGAACUGUGUCCACCAUGAACCCUGUGUCCUGGAUGCUGUCAUUAAUCUAUAUGGUUCUCUCUGAGAAAUUGAAUAAACCCAAUAGAUAAGUGGUGGAUAACUAGUCAGAUAGAAUCUGAGAAUGCAUAAACUCAUUGCCAUGGAAACAUACACAGGAUACCUUUUCCUUGAUUGGGUGGGAUUUUUUCCCCUUUUUAUGUGGGAUAGUAGUUAUUUGUGGCCUAAGAAUAAUUUUGGAAUAAUUUCUAUUAAUAUCAACUCUGAAGCUAGUUGUACUGAUCUGAGAUUGUGUUUGUUCAUAAUAAAAGGGAAGUGAAUCUGA